AUGACGGAUGCUCCGCAAACAACCUGUUCGACUCAGGUCAACAGCCACGCCGCAGUGCCCCUUUCGUCGUCUGCAUCACACUCUACCUUUGGGAUCUUCACAGCCGAGCCGAGCAUAGGAACGAGGUGUCCAGAGUCUCAGUCCGUAAUAAUAGGACGCCACAAGAAAGCUGCGUCUCGCUUCCAGCUGCAAUCUGCAGUAACAGCAUCGUUUGGGUGGCUGACGGAUCUGAUAGCUUGGGUGCGUAAUCACUUUGAUGCGAAUGCUCAAGAGCCCGCCAUCGACCAGUUGUUCGCUGAUGAUCAACGCCUCUAUCAAGGCAUCAUGAAUUACGAAAAUGGCAUAAGGCAUUUGCAGCAAGAAAACACCAACUUGAGGCAGGAGUUUGAUGGCCGCGUGCGACAGGAGACUCAAUACCUGCGCGAGCAAUGCCAUGAUAGGCUCCAGCAAGAGCGCAGAGAGCAAGCGUCGUUGACCGAGAGUCGCAUGGCCACAUUGCAGAAGCAGCAUGAGGCCGAGAUGGCACGCAAGAACGAGGUCAUCCGCAAGCGUGACACAGAGAUCGGGAAGCUGCACAAUCUUGCUGUACGACUGGAGGAUACCGUGGCCGCUCGCGAUACCCAGAUUGUUGAGUACGAAACCCGAGUGCAGUCACAGCAAGAAGCGAUCCGAGACCUGCAGGCCAGUGCGAUGAAAUCCCUAGAAGCGGCAUAUUGGGCACCGGAUUCGGCGGAGAAUAUCCAGAGACAGAUGAAAGAUCUCAUGCUGGACAUUGAGGACUGGGCUGAGCGGUUUUCCUUGCUACCUCUCGAAAUACUCCUGGAGCACGAGCGCUUCGGGCGGGUUGAGACGCAUCUGAAACGAAGCGGCUGUAUUGGGUCUCUCGGGAAAUUGGAAGAGGCAAUCGUCGCAAAUGAGGACCUUCGCCAACCGGGACGAGCAUCUGCUCUGAUGCUCUCGACCAUAGUGUCUUUUGAAGUGUUUGGCACCGUCUUCUGCAGUCCGUUCUUUGCAUUUGCCGGAACGUGUGGCCAGCAGCACGAAUUGUUGCAACAUGCCGAUGGUGAUGCCGCGCAGUCGAUUUGCGAAUUGAUCCGUCGGGGCAAGCCGGAAUCAUAG